AUGGUCGUGAUAAAGGAAGCGAGACUUCACGAGUUCUCUGAUUUGAUGGCAAACUACGACUUGGUUGAUAUAGGAUAUGCUCAAAAUCAAGAUGAAGACCUUCCUGUAAUAGGAAUCAUAGAAGACGAGAUUGAAGGAGACGACGUUGAUACCUUUAAUUGGCCAUUAGUGGUGCAUUUAAGUGAAAAGGAAACAUUAAGUAUUCACAAGUUGAUUUUUUGCGUCAACUUACACGAAUAUGAUAAGCUGACUCUGCUUCACAACGUCGAGAAGAACUACAUCACAGCUGGUUUCUCCCUAUUCCUAGUUGUCGUGAUCUAUGGACCUCAAGGUAUUCUAUAUUCGGAUACGACAGAAGUAAACGCCCGGGUGUCGUCACUGCGAGAUCCACCCGUAGAAAACGUUGGAACAGUGGUUAUGUGCCCGUUUGAGUUGAUCACCGCCGUGUUCUAA